AUGGCAAAAAAGAAAGCAUUCACUACUUUUUUCUAUCUUACAUCUAUAGUCUUUUUUUUUCCCUGGUGGGUUUCUCUCUCAUUUACUAAAUGUAUGGAAUUUUGGGUUACUAAUUGGUCAAAUAGUGGUCAAUCCGAAAUUUUUUUGAAUGAUAUUAAAGAAAAAAGUAUUCUAGAAAAAUUCAUAGAAUUAGAGGAAAUUCUUUUAUUGGACGAAAUAUUCAAGGAAUACUCGGAGACACAUCCCCAAAAGCUUUCUAUAGGAAUCCACAAAGAAACGAUCCAAUUAGUCAAGAUACACAAUGAGGAUCGUAUCCAUACGAUUUUGCACUUCUCGACAAAUAUAAUCUCUUUUGUUAUUCUAAGCGGUUAUUCUCUUUUAGGUAAUGAAGAACUUGCUGUUCUUAACUCGUGGGCUCAGGAAUUCCUAUAUAACUUAAGUGAUACAGUAAAAGCUUUUUCGAUUCUUUUAUUAACCGAUUUAUGUAUCGGAUUUCAUUCACCCCACGGUUGGGAACUAAUGAUUGGUUAUGUUUACAAAGAUUUUGGAUUUGUUCAUAAUGAUCAAAUUAUAUCUGGUCUUGUUUCCACUUUUCCGGUUAUUCUCGAUACUAUUUUGAAAUAUUGGAUUUUCCGUUAUUUAAAUCGUAUAUCUCCGUCACUUGUAGUUAUUUAUCAUUCAAUGAAUGAUUGA